UGUGCUGUGAGCCUUUGGAUGAUCCAUGACGUCCACCUACAGACUGGACAGUCACCUUACCAACUACGACACGGCUCAAGGCUCGGGUCGAGCCUUGAACCACUGGCUGACCCACGGAACGGAGCAUGUUGGAUGAGGCGCGUCCGCGGUUGGCUCUGCAAACCGCCAGUCACAGAAGAAUACCGAGGGAUUCUUACGUACGAAGGGGUACUCUGUACCUAGUUACUAGUCUGCCUCGAGCUGAGAGUCCCCGAUCCGAAUCCGCCUACAUUAGUACGAGUACGAAGACGGAAAGGCCAACUAAUAUGGGGAUGGCCUUGUCUAGCACCUCGACUAGCAUCCCCAAGCUGAGCCUAUCGCGGCGCACAACACACAAACCGUCAGCUCACAGUCAGACUCUAGUUAGAGCCCAUACUCGUGCCUGUAAACAGGGUUCCGCGAUUGGAUCGUUUUUCUUUGCUUUUUUUUUUCUCUCUCUCUCUCUCUGUGGCCCCCUCGUGCAAGCUUUGAGUUGGUGUGAUAGGGGGCAUCCCGGCGGUAAACCAAAGCUGCUGGCAGGACGAGAGACUGAAGACACGGGCCCAGAGCCGCCAAUGAUACUCCGCCCUUACCGUUCCAUGUUCUAUUUCUGAGGCACGCCCUGUUCGGUACGGAGCGAGUCUGGAGUACGAAUUCCGGAGCAGAACGGAGUACGGAGCAGUAUGGACGCCCCCACGGAGUAAUACUCCGUCGUACGUGCUCGUGAGAUCAAGUCUGCAGGAGGCUAGUGAUUAUACUCAGGCCGGAUUGAAAUCGACGGCCUCCCGGCCCACGGAUGAAUGUCUAAAUUGAUAUUUAAAAGGGGCAGAUCCUCGGGAGUAUUCCGUAUGUAGUAUGUACGGAGUAGUAUGUACUGUGAUAAUAACACAAU